AAGGGAAAGAAGAAAGAGAGGGAGAGCUAAUGAAAAGAGUAAAAAAAGAACAAAAUGGUAAGAGAAAUAGAAAAAGAAACAACCAUAGUUGCGAGAUAAAGGAUGAUCGAGAGACUCGAAGAGGAGAUUGAAAGAAGCUCUCUAUAAAGAGGAGAGGCAAAGAAACGCAAUACUGAGGAGAAAAGGAAAGCGGAGAUACAAAGAAAAAAGAGAAAGACAAGAGCUACUGCUCUUGGUUUGUCGUAGAGAAGAGGAAUAGAGAGACGGCAGAACCGGGAGGGGCUGUGUGACAGAGGGAUAACAUGAAACGGGCGAGGUGCACGGGGACGAAGGGCGAAGUUAGUAACCCCAGCUGGUAACGACUAGCGCAGGAAGGGGACUGGGUGCUGCCGUGAGAGCAGCAAUUCAAUAUGGCUAUGUUAGUGCGAAGUAUGUAUUAUCCGUGAGAGAGAGAGAGAAAGGGGGGGGAGACAGAGAGGGAGAGAAGAAGAGCGGGGGAAAAGGGAAAGCAGGCGAGGAGAUACAGUCAGAGAUGGUGGGAGAAAAAUGAAGGGGGAAUGAGUGAUGUACAACGAGGGACGAGGAAAAAAGAGCUGAACGAACCGGCAGAGUUGGCCACAUUGGAUACGAAGGAUAGGAAAGUGAGACAGACGAUAAUGGUGAAAGCGAGGGGAGGGAAUCGAGAGAGCAAGCGAACGAGUGGAAGAAUAGGGGGAGAUCAGAAGGGUCGGAAAGGACGGGAGGGAGAGAAUUCUGGGAGGAAAGGGCAUCUCCCGCUCCACUCUCCCAUUAGUUUGGUAUGAGACAUCGUUGGUGGAACGUACUGUUGCGCGUGCUCUCUCUUCGCCUAUUCUCGUCAUCUCGCGUUGAGAGUUCGUGGCUGAAGUCGUGCCGUUAGUUUGCGAGUGCGCCACAAAGCGCUGCCCGUCAACACUCGUAAGUUCGUGACCGCCCUACGUUGCCGCCGCAAUUCCUUCGUCCAUUCUCAAGAAGCAACUUCACAAGGUUUUCACCAUUUCCGAGACGGUCGCCUCGUAACGAGGUGCAAACCGACGCGAACAUGGGAUAUCGUUCGGAUCACGGUUGAUUGGUUCGGGAAUGAUGCGUACAACAAAUGGCGAGAUCGCACCAUAACAAGCAAACAUCAUAGACUAGCCACUCUGAACAAAGAAAGACCGCCAAAGCGGGAGGGGGCAAGAAAGAGAGAAAAAGAGAACGAGAACGUAGUAAGAUCCCCAAACGUUUCUGGCCAUCGAUUGUAGUGCGUACGUAUCUUGAUCUUGUCAAUCGAGCAUCGUUACGUCGCGUAAGAAACGUGUCGCCAUUGAUCUGUGCUUCUGUAGAUUCACUCGUGCUCCUGAAUUACGUGUUGGAAGCACGUAGCAUCUCUCUUGCCUUCGCUAGUGGGCUCAUAUAUUUCGCAAUUUACUUACAACGAAGAAAUGGCUAGUAUCGAUAAAAGGAUAUUUUUACGUGAUGUCAAUCCACAUCUAAUCUGUUUACUAUGCCGAGGUUACCUUAUAGAUGCCACAACUGUGGUAGAGUGUUUACACUCCUUUUGUAGAAGUUGCAUCGUGAAAUAUCUUAAUACUGCAGCGCACUGCCCAUCCUGCAAACACACUAUCAACAAAGCGAAGCCAAAUAUCAAAGCUGACAUGACGUUACAAGAGAUCGUAUAUAAAUUGGUGCCUGGCUUAUACCAUAAGGAAAUGCUAAAAAGAAAAGAAUUUUACAAGAAGCAUCCCGAACAUGUGAACUCGGCAACGCCGGAGCAACGUGGCGAGGAUGUAAGUGGACGUUUAAUAUUUAAUCCAGAGGACGUAGUGAGUUUGAGCUUGGAGUACUUAUCACCAGGAGUAGACCCGUUGAUUAUAUUGAACACCAAUGACAUGGAUACAAACAACUCAAACAAUGCGAAUAAUAUUGAUGAUAGUAACAGUAAUAAUAAUAAUAAUAAUAAUAAUAAUAAUAAUAAUAAUAACAAUAAUAAUAAUGGUAAUAGCAGAAGAUAUCUGCAAUGCCCGGCUUUAGUAACUGUUGCACAUCUGAAGAAAUUUAUAGCAAUGAAAUACAGCGUUGAUGUAACGAGAUAUACUAUCGAGAUUUGUCAUCGACGUGCACCCCUUCCCGAAAACUGGACUCUCAUGGACGUUGCUUAUAUUUACGCGUGGAAAAGGGUUUUACCGAUGAGAUUUUUCUAUCGAGUGGCACAAGAGGAACAAAGACUCGAAGCACCGUUGCAUCAAAGGCCAUCGACUCCGGGACUCGGAGCUCGGGACUGUUUGCCACCGAAUGAAAUGCGAAACGAUAGUAACAUAGAGAAUAAUUCUAUUAAUCAUUUGGAAACUUCUAAAGCAGAAAUUAAACUUGCAAAUAAUGUUGAGAUAUUGUCAGCAAAAGAUUUGAACAAAAUUGCUAAUUAUGAGAUAUUCUCAUCCGUUGAUCGCAAGCAAACAACGAAAGUCGAGAAAGAUGAAACAAAAAUGACGAUGACGACUAUAUCGACAACGCCAUCAAUGUUAACAACAACAAAUUCCACGAAAGUGUUGACUACAACAGUGACAACCGUAUCUUCCUCAUCAGGGACAAACAUGACAUGCAAUGAUUCAAAUAAGCAGAUAAAGAGUCCAAUUAAGAUACUAAAGAAUUCGGAUGGAAAAUACGAAGUGCUAAAAAGUCCGUCCAGCGCUAUAACGGAUAUUAGGAGCCCUGGAUCCAAUGAAUGUCCUAAUCCCGAGUUUAGUGUCGUAAAUUCUAAUGGUGUAAAGAUAACGCUGAAACAGUGCUCGCCACCACAGAAUAGUAGCGCAAAAAAACCUAAAGUUAUCAGUAAUGUUUUAUUGCGCUGUGGCCAAAUAGAAAAAGACACAUCACAAUCAUCAAGCGCAUUAAUGAUUCACCAAGUGCAACAAGACAAGAAUAAACUGACUACAAGUCCGAUAUUGUCAGGUAAACAAGAAAAGCAACGGCGUAAAGUAACUUUUAUGGAUCGUUCUCCUACGUCUGAGAAAACUUCUCCUACUACCGGUGUUAGCAUACCGAAAACUGCAUUGAAAAAACCGGUGGAGCAACAGGACAAAAAACAGUUUCUACAGGGUUUUCAAUUAACCGCUAAAGAAUCAAUGCCGGAUAAUAGUAAAUUAAAAUCUCCCGUUCAAGAUAUUAAUGUUGCGAGCACCAUUAAAUCUUUUCAAAAGAGUAAUGUGACACCGAAGAUGGAAGAGUUCUCUAGGAAAGACAUUGACGACAAGAAAACUAACAUUGAAAACUCCAACUCGAACGCGAGUAAUAGUACUACCACGACAAAUCUAAUUACCAAAUGUGUUGUUGGAAUGUCUGUCAACUCACGAACCUAUAUACAUAAAACUGAUGAUAUAGAUGGACGCACAAAUUCAGGAACAAAUCCAACAAACAAUAUAAACAUUACAAGUAGCAACCAUACCGCCAAGACAGACGUGUAUACUUUCUCCAGCGAUCCACCAAUUGUUCCAGCUGGAGCGGUUAAAAGGAAAUGUCCUCCAGGUGUACCAAUCGCCGAGUUGAAACGUCGAAAAACGUCGCAAGUCAUGCAAAAACAAGAAAUUAACAAGAAACAAAACGUUUCUUCAUAUAAUUCUGUUGUUAAUAAGUUACCGCGUACUUCUACAGAACACGGAAUUCCUACAAACAAAACGAUUGAUAUGGUAGGAGAUCACGAUGCUGGAUCGAGUCGUGUGUCCAACGUAAAUAGUAUGAAAGCAUCAACUGGUCCAUUGCUUUCAAACGAUACUAGAGAUCUACUAGUGGACGGCUAUGGUUUAAAUAUUCCGGCAAGUUUGAGCAUAACAUUGACUUCGCCUAAAUCUCCAGGAUCUUCCGGACAAUUUGUUGAACCCAAUGACUCCAGCGAUACUAAAAAAGUCAUAAUGGGUAAAGUAAAUCCCAGCAUUACAUUGAACGAUCGUUCGGUUGAUCCACGUGUAUUAAAAGCUUUGAAGACUGGACAGAUUAAAAUGCCAACUACUCCGUCGAAAGCUAAAUCAACAGGGACAGUAGCAACAGUAGCAAAACAGGCAGUGACGACGGAUCGUAGAGAGACAGUGAAUCAACAACGUACCACAUUAAUUACUAAACGGAAAAAAGAACAUGAAUCGUCCAAGGACAUUCUGGAUUUGAGCGGAACCAAUAAAAAAAUGGACAUACAUCCUUUGAGAAUUCCACAGCCGGUAACGAAACUUAACAAAACUAAUAAAGUUAUGGGAGGCAGAAAUAAUGUGCAACCUGGAGGUAUCUCUGAGCAAGGUCAAGUAGUAACGCUCGUGGGUGGUCACAGAUAUUAUAGAGCGCCACCAGGUUCUUUGACACCCGCCGCUCAUCGUGUUAACGAUAAUUCGCUACCUUUAUCGCCAUCACGCACACCUGUCUAUGCGCCGUCUUUUGGUAACAUCAAUCGAUCAAAUUCGGAUCUCUCAUCUGUCUUUCCGAGCCUACCAAGUCUUUACGCUCUUCAUCAAGCACCGAAUCUUCAACAGUUUCAGAUAGACGCAGCACGGUUGAGAUUGCCGUCACGACCUGCUGCAGAAAGUGAAGCAACAUCUGCAAUUGCAAGUAGUGAUAACGCUAAUUCUAAUAUCAGUAAUAUACCGGGGAAAAGUCAUUUGGCUGCUCAGUGUGCGCCCGUUAAGCCCGCAAGGUCUUCUGUGGCUCCCUUAGCAGUUCCCAUCAACAAACAACAAUCCACUGAAAAAUCCACGAAUAUUGGCAUCAAUCGGACAGAUCCAGUUGACCCAAAUAAGAUUCCAAUUUUUCGUAACAAUGAAGUUUCCGAAGCUACAAAUAAAACUUCUCAGGUCCAAAAGAAAUACUCCUUAAAUAUCGAAAUAAAUAAAUUCUUGUCGCAAAGUGAAUGUGUGAAGAAUAAUGAUCAAACCAAUACUAAUACAGUUAGAGAUUUGAAUACCGAAUCCAAAAAUAAAACGAUAAAUAAUUCGGUGCAACAGCAGGAGCAACAAUAUCGUGAGACAACAAGUCCUAAUAUCGUAUCGUCAACGGCUUCACCGUCACCGCCUCCAGGCAAUAAUAGCAUAAAGGUGAGGAAUGAAAAUAGUACUAACAAUGGUGAUGAUAAUAUCAACAAUAACAAUUCGAACGGAAGUAAUAACACGAUGCCUCGAACGGAAACAAUAACAUUUGAUCAGCCAAAAAGUACUAACUCUGAGAUAACAUGCAGCAAAUCGCCGGAUAGUCCAGAUUCUAGUUCGAUUACAGUAGAAAAUUCAGAGGCGAACAAGAACUUAACGGAUCGGGAGAUGCCGACAGAUGCCCAGUCAUCAGACUCUGCGAAGACCGUAGAAUCGACCAUAAAUCCAGACAACAGUUCCGUAGACGAUUCCAUUACUAUCGACGACAAGAACAAAUUUGUCAAUAAAUCGGAAGCAAGUGAAAUCGCGAAACAAUUAACUUCCGUGCAAAAAAGAUUGCUAGCAGUUUUUCCUUCAACUGAAUGGGCGAACAAUCCUAUAGCUGCUGAACAUCUGGGAAAUUUUUUCAAAAGUUUGAACGCCACUAUAAAGAACGAAGGAUUUACCGAAGAAUCCAAAGUGGAAAAAGUUGAGCAAAAAACCAGUAAUGAUAAUGAAAAUCGGUAAUGACAUUUUCAUUGAAAACUUUUCCAAGAUAAUUUCAAGUGAACGUAACGUCUUAUACAAAACGAUACGUCCAUGUAAUAUUUAAGAUUUACAAAACAACAUGAGUUUAACACAGAAUUUUAUAAUUUUGAAGAGUUAAAAACAGUUUGUUUCUUAGAAAAGUUUCAGUUUUUUUAUCUUGAUUAAUUAUAGACUAGGAGGACUUUGAAUCUUAUCUAAUUAUCUUUUGAUUGAUUAUAAACUGGAAGUUUGAAUCUUAUCUAGUUAUUUCAUACGUAGAAAAUAAUGGUGAGAAGAAUAUGUGACAUGCCGACUACAGAUAAACUUUGAAAUACUACCACGCAAAUCGAAAAAUGCAUAAAAAUUAUUUUUAACUGAAAUGUACAUAGUUAAUUAUAAUUCACACAGUGUGAAAGGAGACUCUUACAGAUGAAAACAAUAUUACAUUAUACGAUAUACGUAUAUUAUAGAAUAUACAAAAUAUUUAGUGUAAAAAAAUAAUAGUCAGUAAACCGAAAAUCUUAUUUUUUCAAAUUUUUAAAAACAAAGUUUUACACAUUAAUCUAUAAACUUUUACACAUUGAUAUAAAGUGAUUUAUACAGACAUACACAUAUUACUAGUCCGUAAACUUGUAACAUUCCGAAAACAAAAAUUCGUUUAUAUUUCAACCUGAGAAUUUUCUUCGCUGCUACACACACACACACACACACGCGCGCGCGCGCAUCAAAAAAUUUUUUUAAUUAGUAAUAACUGAUAUGGUUUAACCCGUAAAACAAGCUUGUAUUGAAUGAGUGAAAAAGUGUUUUGAUGGUUAUUAAAUAGGUCAACGAAACAAUUUUUUCAAUUUUUUAAAAUAGAAGUCACCAUCUUCUAGAGCAGUGAAAUUAUUUUUCUACGCGAGCGAUCAAUUCUUUUUGCACAUUUUUGGUUACAAAAUAUGUUGAAAACCCAGUACAAUUUUUGCACUCACCCAAUAAUUUUUAAGCCAAUAUAUUUUAAACUUUCAGUAUUUGCUACUAUAAUUGUAUGGAUCUUGUAAAACAAUUGGUCCAAUAUACAUCUAUCCAAUUAAUAAUAUACAGUCCAAUCUUUGUAUUCUUAAUAUAUCCUUAAUAACGGGACCAAACUUUCUAUUCUUAACAUUUUCUCUCGGAUUUUAUUAUGACAUGCAAAAAAUGAAAUUACAGAUUCUAUUCGUUUCCUUAUGAUUACAUGUAUGGUUACACCAUUUAUUUGUUAUAAUAACUUAUUUGUAACAUAACUCAAAAAUUGUAACUUUUAAAUUGUUGUAAAAAUAAAAAAAUUCUGAUGAAAAUUUAGUAUACUGAAUAAAGAGCUAAUGAUGAUUUUAUUAAUUAAUCAAUAGAUCAAAUCGUUUAUCCAAAUAAAAUCGUCACAUUACAUUUGCAUAAAAAUAAUAUUACAAAAUUUUAAUUCUUUAAAACAUUCAAACUGAAAAUUUUUUAUAAAACUGAAAAUGUAUUUGAAAAAUAAAAAACAUAUUACAAAAAUAUUACACAUCAAGAUUCAACCUCGGCCACAGUAGGCAUUUCUUUUCUUAUUUAUGUGAUUACACUUAAACAGUCAAAUUUAAAUUAUUUAAAAUUUAAAUUAUUGUUAAAAAAUUUUGUUUCAAAAUUAUUGUAGCAAAUAAAUGACACACAGUCGAUAUAAAUAUAAAAUAAUAAAAGAGCAAUAGGAAAAGAUAUUAAGAAUACGAAGGAACGUGGAGACUGUAAGUAGCAGUGAAUUACAGCUGCUUAUAGUUGUAUAUCAUAGAAAGGUAACAAAAAGCCAAAGGUAGUCCAAGCGGAAGCAAAUUAUAAACCGUAUUCGCAUCUAAUAUUUUGCAUUUUAAUACACAUCAAAAUUAUCUAUAAAAUACAUGUCACACAAUUAUCCUAUAAAUAAAACUUACUAGUUUAUAUUCAAGUACUACAAAACUGAAUAUUUUGAGCAUUUUUGAUCUUCUAUUUUAUAUUUAGUAUUAUCAGACUCUGAUCAGAAUAUAGAUUCAAAUCCGUGGAGCAGACAUUUAAAGAUAGUUAUUGUAAAAUUAAAUAAAUAUUUGCAUAUAUAAAACAACAUUUUUUAGAUAAUGCAUUUUAUAUUAUUCUUAUAUAUCGUAUAAAAUAAAUUUAUGAAGAAUAAGCAUUUUUCAUAGAAUUGCGAAUUUUUAAUAAAAAAAUAUAUUUUAAUAUGUCUUAAGGUUUUAUAAUCUUACUCAAAUAGCAAAAUACUAUCUUUGCUAGCAGAUUAACAGCGAAUUAAUCAAAUUUUGACUGUAGAGCCACAGCCAUUUGUUCGAUUAAUUUACUGAUAACCUGUUGACAAAACUUGCUGUAUCAACAAAAUGAUGGCAGAAAUUGAGCAAGAUCUGCGCGCGUGGGCAAUCUAUGGCAGAUUGAUACAAGAAAUAAAGCUACAAAUUCUGCUCAAUUUAUACCGCCAAUCUAUUGACCGGUAAUCCUAAGAGGCUUUUUGCUCAGUUUCUGACGAUAAUCUGCUGUCACAUCAUGUCAGCAGACUUAUCUACAAAAUACAAAUUUAAUACAGUUCCAAGAAUGGCACCGGGAAUUUGUCACCAAUCUGUGAACGAGUUUAUUACUAACUUUGACAAUUUGCUAUAAAUUUGCUUAUUGGAUACACAGAAAAAAAGUAAUAUAGCCAAUAACAUAUGUAUUGCGAGUUGCCAACUACAUAAAAUACUCAAUACAAUAAUAUUUAUUGUUAAUUCAAGUACAAUGUUGAUACUGCAAUAGCAUAUAUUAUUGAGUAUAUCUGUAGUUGACAGCCCACAACUACAUAUCUUAUUGGAUAUAUUGCAUUUUUUUCAGUGUAGAUAUUACAGACUGUGUGCAUUUUGUUAUCGUCAAAAAUUAGUAACAUACUCCGUUCAAAAUCUACAAGCUUUGCUAUCUGGAUUAUCUAUCUAUAGCUAUUUAUAUUUUAUUAUAUGUAUAUACAUGUCGUACUAUAUAUUUAUGAUUGAUAUAUGAUGCGAAUACAGUUUUUUUAUAUAUGAACACAGAUUUGAAUAAUAUUCUUAAGACACAAAGAAUCUUUCAAUUGCUAUUGUUAGUAUUUUUAUUUUUUAUGUUAUGUUUUACAUAUUAGUUACAUGCGUAAUAUCAGUCAUUGUAUAAUAAUUGUUGCACACGUUAAGCGAUGCAACGUGUUUGUAUUAUAUUAAUUAUUGUAUUAUUAUUUUGGCAUUGUACAUAUUUAUAAUUAUAUAUUAUUAUAUUAUAAAGAGCAAGAGUGCGGAACAAAUUUUUGUCUCGAAAUUCCUAUUAUUUUUUAAUUGGGAAUUGAUUGAAUGGACUAUCUGUAUUUAAAUAUUUUGAAAAAUAAUCUUGUAUUAACAAAAAAAUAUGCAUUAUUCACAAAUAUUUGAUAUGUAAUGAGUGAAAAUGUUAUGAACUUAUUAGAACCGAAUUAUGUUCCUAAUGUACAUUUUCCUCUGAUUUCUAUUUUCAAAUAACAUUCAAAAUAGAAAUAUUGUGCGUUUUAUUUAUCAUUUUAUGUAUUUACAAAUGUAAAGUGAUUAGACAGCAGCGUAUAAAAAUAUUAUAGUUUAUAUAGUAUUCAGUUGGUUCACUUUAUGGCCAUUUUAGCGUAUAUUAAUUUCUAUGUUACAUUUUUUAAAAUAAAUUUUCCUGCAAACUUUUUUUGUAUUUUUUCAAAUCAUUAUAAAUUAUAUUUAAAUUUGAUUCAUCAUAAAUUAUCUAUUUAUGUAUUUGUUUAUUUUACCCAUCUUUUAUUAAAAACUAAAACAACAAUAAUGAGAAUAUCGAGUAAUAAGGUGACCAGUGCAACAAUUUUAUAAUAAAAGAAUACUAUACUCUGUAAUAAUAUACUUUGUAAUAAUAUAAAUUUGACGUUU